GGCGGCGCUGUCUGCCUGCUCCCGGCACGGUGCUCAUGGCGGCCGCGGGGUCGGGCUCGGUUGCGGCCGGGGGCGGCCGGUGGGAGGUGGUGCGGAAGGGCCGGCGGCCUGCGGGCGGCCCCGGCAGCCGCCGCGCUCUGGGUGAGGCCAACGCCGGGCGCACUCUGCCCUUGGCCGCACCCAUUGCCACAACUGACACCAUCUUCGAGCUGGGCUUUGAGCGGGUGCUGAAGAAGCAGAACAAGGAGCAGGUCCCUCCUGCUGUGGCACCCGAGCAGCAGCACCGGAAGCAGCAUGCAGCGAAGAAUGCAAAGAAGCCAUCAGUGAAUGCCACUGUGGUCAAACCAGGCAAAUGCCACUCGCUGGAGGAAGCCCUGAAAGCUCUCGACUUGGCAGACCUGCAGAAGGAGCUGGCUAAAAGCCAGAGUGUGUUCCCCGAGAACCCGUCUGUCUGGGUGAAGGACCUGGCCAGCUACCUCAACUACAAGCUUCAGGCACCCCGGAGUGACCCCAUGCUCAGCCAGCACCCCCAUGACUACCCUUACUGCCUCGUGAGCAAGGAGCUCAGGAACAUCAUUAGAUCCCUGCUGGCACGGUCAUCCAGUGUGCUGGAGCUCUUCUUUGACCACUGUGUUUACACCAUGCUGCAGGAGCUGGACAAAACCCCAGGGGAGUCUUUGCACGGGUACAGGAUCUGCAUCCAGGCUGUGCUUCUGGACAGGCCCAAGAUCGCAACGACCAACCUGGGCAAGUACCUGGAGGUGUUGCGGUCCCACCAGAACAAGCCAGCGAAAUGCCUCACUGUGCUCUGGGCGCUGGGACAGGCUGGAUUCACAGAUCUCCACGAGGGACUGAAAGUGUGGCUUGGUGUCAUGCUCCCGGUGCUGGGGAUCAAGUCUCUCUCCCCGUAUGCUGUAUCUUAUCUGGACCAUCUGCUAAUGAUACACCCAAAUCUGACCAAAGGCUUUGGUAUGGUCGGACCCAAGGAUUUCUUCCCCCUCCUGGACUUUGCCUUCAUGCCCAACAACUCACUGCCGCCCAGCCUGCAGGAGCAGCUGCAGCGGCUCUACCCUCGCUUGAAAGUGUUGGCAUUUGGUGCGAAGCCAGAGACGGUGCUGCACACCUACUUCCCCUCCUUCCUCUCUCGAGCUACACCGAGCUGCCCUCCUGGCAUGAAAAAAGAGCUCCUGACCUCCAUGAACCAGUGUCUGAGCCUGGACCCCCUGAGCUUCAGCGUCUGGAGACAGCUAUACACCAAACACCUCUCCCAGUCCAGUUUGCUUCUGAACCAUCUGCUGGAGUCCUGGGACAGCAGCAGCCAAAAGGUGCGACAGUCACUGGAGGAGACAGUUCGCUCGUUCAAAGUAACGAACGCGGAGCUGGCGGCGAGAGGGGCCAGCAGUGACCAGGACGUGGCUGCUUGUGAUGCUGCCUGCAAGGAGCUGCUGCACAAGAUGAAGGGCCGGGGCUUCCCCUGGUCGCGGCUGCUGCUCAUCCUCUUGGUCUUCGCAGCUGGCUUCCUCCUGCACGAUGUCCAGACGCACAGCUCCUUCCAGGCCUCCUCUUCUGCUCGCCUGCUCCGUUCCUCUGGUAUCCUGCCAGCCUUGCAGCAAGCCUGGCAGAAGGUCUCCUACUGCUGCCUCGAGGGUUACAGGUGUCUGGAGCGGACCCUGCCUGUCUAUGGCUCCCAGGCAGCUGCUCUCCUGCAGCCGCAACUGGAGCUGCUCUGGAUGAAGAGCUGUGAGGUGGCACAGUACACAUAUGAGCAGAGCUCCUCUGUGCUCUCCUGGGUCCACCACAGCCUGCCCUGCAUUGUGGAGUGGCUCCAGUCCCGGCUCCCAGAGUCCCUGCUGCACUUCGCUGAGUGUGUCAGAGAGCUGCUGCUCUUCCUGGUGCGGAGCUGCCUGCUGCCGCUGCUGGAGUGUGUGGCUGCAGCGCUGGAGCGGGGCUGGAAGUCCUGUGUCGACUCUUGCAAUGGAGAAGUGACGUGGGACUGCGUGAGGGAACACCUGAUGAGCUUUACCUAUUCUUCUUGGAUUUAUCUGCAAAACACAACUGUAGCCAUCAAAAACUGGGCCUUGGCUAUGAUUUCUGGACACUGAUCCAAUACCUGGAGGAGCAGGGAUAGGGUCGUGUUGUCUCUUUGUCACCAAGGAGAACAUGCACCCAGGAGUAUCUCCAGUGCAGCUUGGUUGGCUGUGGGAUGGAGAGGCCGAGGACAAUGCACAUGGGGACUUUGGACUCAAAUCAGGGCUUACGAGCAAGGUGUUGGGGUUGUUUUUUUUCCUGGGGUGAGGAACCACCCGAGGAGGUUUUCCACGCUCUGUGAAUUAUCUCUGGUGUUUUUCCUAUUCCUUUCUCCAGGUCUUAACAGGGCAAGCGGCCCACACACCCCUGUACUUUACCUGCACCAAAGGAUGGGGUAUGGACCCCAUCACACACACUAUCCACAGGUCAAUGAACUGGACUGAUUUCUA